UUGAUGUGCGCGCUACGUCUCGAUGUUUCUCCACUUUCGUACGCUUCUAAUACGCGGUCAAGUGCAUCCGUCCGUUUGUAUAUUGGACCAAUGAUAGAAAGGGGGGGAGGAGGUCACAUUUUUGCUACAGUUCGCCACAGUGCACGAGUUCUUGGCUUUCUUCCUCAUUUACUAUUGUGUCGGAUUGUGUCUUUUCCUUAACGGGUUCGAACAGGUUCGAACAAUCAUUGUGGAUGUCACUGAAUUUGACGAAAAGACGUAUGCUGUUGUGUUUCAUCAGAAGAUUUUUAUUUUAAAAAAAGCACCGUGGGAAAGAUGUUGCAGUUGAUUAACCUACCCGAUGUUGUCUUAGAGACAAUUCUUUCUAAUCUUACGUACGAUGAAAUUGCCAGAAACAGAAUCGUUUGUAAACAAUUUGACCGAACGUGUAAAAUGCUACUGAAUCGUGGCUUCAAUCUUAUGGAGAAAUAUCAUGGACAAUGUUUACGAGCUGUCAAGAGCCAACUGCCACGCAGAGAAUCGGAGAGGAGAAGUCAUCCAUUGGCACGCCAUUGUGAUAUAUUGACAGCAAUAGAAACUAGAAUUUCUAUGUUGUCUAUGACUUUCAUUAAAUAUGUGGACUUGAAUCUCUGUUGUUUUAUCCCAGGAAAAGUUAUAGAUGAGAUUUUUCGAGUAUUACGUUUAAUACGGGACUCAAAAACUCCACCACGGGCACAUGAGAUCCUUCAAGAAUUACGAGAUAUCAGUAGCAUGGCAAUGGAGCAUUUUGAUGAGAAAAUUUUGCCUGAUUUAAAACAUAAUAUUUGCACAUCCGUUGUUAGCAAUGUCACCUCUUAUGAGUUGCCAAGUGGAAGUCUUAUGAUAUCACAUCAUACAGCCAAUGCAAAUACAUCAUCACUGCCACAUAGUUUUAGUUCAGAAAAGCUAAACCAAACAUUCAAGAAGAUUUACUGUAAAACAAGAAAAAACAGACUAUCUGUGCUGUCGGUAAAAGGUCAAAUAAGUAAACUAAAACUACGAAUGAAAAGGCAAGGGUUUCAAAUGCGCUUGCAAAGUUUAAAACUGCAAGAGCAAGCAAAGAAGAUUCACGAUCAGGAUACGCAACUGGCGGAAAUGAGAAAGCAUCUCGAAGAGUGGGAACAAAAAAUUGGCGAUUUAACGGCAGAAUUGAGUCGCGCCAGAGAAGAAACGCAAAAACCUGAUACAAUCGAGAAUUGCAAGCGAAAGCACAUAGACCAUAUAAAUACCCACGAUAAUGAUCCAAUCCAAACGAAAGAACUUCAAGCAAAGAAACGCAAGCUCAUUGUAGAGCGCAAAUCAUCGAGUGAUGCAAAGGAUAUGAAGUUCAAAAAAUUUCUUUCUGAUCUUCUUGGAACCGGACAGUCGAAAGAUUGUAUCCCGUCGACUUCGCAAUAAUAUUUGUUUUUGUACAUGCAACAUUAUUACUAUUAUUAUUGUUAGUUCAUAAGAUAGUUAUUCUCCCGAAUAUAUUUCAUAUAAUUCUUGAACUCGUAAAUACAUACAGAGAUCGACACAUAAGUACAUACUAUGAAUGAGAGUAAAGCAUUCCGAUAAAAAGUUUAAUUAGGUAAAAUUGAAAUUUCGAACUUUUAUAUUUAGAGUAUAGGUACAAGCAAUUGCAGAAUUCGCAUUUCCGAUUGUUUCUGUUAAGCUGUCUGUUAAUACUCUAGUCAGUAUCAGUUAUACGAAUAUAAAAGUAUCGUUAAUGUGUUUUCCUUUUUGUGAGAUAAAAGUGAAUGAUACAUUUACUUCUGAAGUUUAAGCUGUGUACGUAACACCCACUGCCUGAUACGUGAUACACUUAUUUUUCAUGAAUUAAACACAUAUUUUCGUUAUGGUUUUCACUAACCAUAUCAUACAAAAUUAUUAUUAUCAUAACUAUUACUACAGGCAAUAUCAUAUGAUAUAUCUGAUAUCACUCAUUUCAUAUUUGUGAAUCCUGAUGUAGGAGAACAAUAGUCUAGUGAAUUUAUAAUUGGCAACAUGGAUAAUUUCUAGGAAACGUAAGGAUAUGUAUAUGCUCUAAUGGCAGGGUGUAGUUUACAGUCCUACGGAAAUAUAAUAACGAGUUCAAUUACAAAUUCUAAGUUAACAUAAUAGUGGCACACACAUCUGGCAGUGCAACUAUUUACGUUGCGUAAAGAAUGUUUACGUUAAAGAACAACGAUGUUUGAAUGCUCUCUUCAAAAUGGGAAUAAUCUACAAUAUUUUUCAAUGUAUAUAAGAAAAGUCGCUCCACGAGCAAAAUAUCUUUAAGUGACAGGUGAAGUUGUACGUAUAUGCUAGUGAGCCACAAGUAGCUUUGCCUCCGAGUUGUGUGAUAAAAAUUUCAGAGUUACUUAACAUAUUUAAUUAAUAUCUAUAAUAGCAACAUGUCACAAUUGUGAUGUCCAUAUGAGCCUAGUUCGCUAAUCUCGUGGAUAGACUUUUUUUUUAUAAUUAUAAGAAAAACGAAUCAAUACCCCCAGAAUUAGUUACAUCUCUCUUACAAUUACCACAUGAAGUUACCUCAGGUGUCCCUUUACAAUUUCGUUCGUUUUG